AGCAGUGAACGGCGUUCUAUCAUUUCAGUCAUAAGUGAGCAAGGGAAAUUCAACCUUGUCGAAGGUACCUGUGGAAACUUCAUUUGUCAGAACACAGUGAAUAAAAACACUCUUGAUAAAAUGAUCUUGGGUACUCAACGUUGCAUCACCACAGAAGCAUAUAUAAGAGAAGUCGCGAACGAUGAUUCGAAAACUAUUACAUUCGAUUCGAACAACGUCAGUGCCGCUACUAAAGAAGUUUAUCGAAUGAAAAGAUCAGGCUUUUUUGAAUUUGAGACGAAAAUAAUAUGGUCUAUGGCUUUACUUCUGUUUUUGUUACAUACAGUCGGUUUUUACGGUAUAUUGACUUUCGACUAUCUCCAGAACCUGAAGACUACAUCUUGGAUAUUCUGCAUGCACGUCUUAACAGUUUUCGGCGUGUCCGCCGGCGCCCACAGACUUUGGAGUCACAAGUCGUACAAAGCCAAAUUACCCUUGAGAAUCCUAUUGGUAUUACUUUUUACUGCGGCUGGACAGAAUUCAGUAUACCAGUGGGUGAGGAAUCAUCGUUUGCACCAUAAAUACUGUGACACUGAUGCUGAUCCUCACAACACCAACCGCGGUUUCUUCUUUUCACACAUCGGCUGGGUAGUGAUGGAAAAUCAUCCGAAAGUGCUGAAAAAGAGCGAAAAGCUUGAUAUGUCGGACAUUCUCUCGGAUCCCGUCGUAGUAAUUAGCGAAAAAUACUUUUUACCGCUGCAAUUUCUGUUUAGUUUCGUCCUGCCGACGAUCGUGCCAGUAUAUUUCUGGAACGAAACGUGGGGCAGGGCAAUCAUUUCACAAGUAUUUAUACGUUAUAUGAUCACUUUGAAUAGUAUAUGGAGUAUCAACAGCAUUGCCCAUGCAUGGGGUCACAGGCCAUACGACAGGCACAUCAAGCCGGCCGACAACAAGAUCGUCAACAUAAUAUUGAACGGCGAAGGAUUUCACAAUUAUCACCAUGUAUUCCCGUGGGAUUACAGAUCGGCGGAAAUCGCCAGAAUCAGUUACAUUACCUACCUCAUCGACUGGUUCGCGAAAUUGGGGCUAGCUUACGAUCUCAAAUAUCCCUCUUUAGAACUAGUCAAGAAGGUGGCGAUGAACAGAGGUGACGGAACUUAUCUUUCAUUUUAUGAAGUACCGGCACCGUAAUAUAAACACAUAAACAGAGUUAAAAAGAAAUUGGGAAACCUCUAUAUUGUUUUCGGUGUGGGUGUAGACUUUCAGUCAUGAAUGAUCAUCCUAUGCGCCUGUGCGCUUUUCUUCUCGACGAGCUAUUUCGCGGCUGAAUGCGUGCCUCGCUUUUGCCGCGAUCGAAAGUGUUACGUACCUCUCAUCUUAAUUUUUUUUCUUUUAUGUAGAAGUAGUAUAUUGUUAUGUUGGGUUGGCAAGAAAGUAAUUUCGGUUUGCGCCAAUAGAUAGCGUUAUGUUUGUGUCGUUAUUCUUCUGUCAAUAUUAUAAUUUUUUUCUUUUCAGAUUUGGUAGUUGACACUCUUAGGUUACUAUAGAAACAAAUUCCGUGUAAUUUUGUUUACAACUGUUGGUUUACGGUCAAUUUUAACAUUCCUUCUUUAUCGAACAUUGGAAAAAUUGACUCGAUGUUGUUAGUAUACUGUGUUUUUCAGUAGACAGAAAAAGGAGAUGCA